ACCGCCUUAAUUUCUCCGGUGAUUUCGACUUCCGCCGGCAGCGGAUUCUCUUUUCCGGUAAUCGGAUCUACUGAUUUCUCAUCAUGGGUGAAAAAGAUCUGUGGCUUGCUUUGCAAAAUCUCAAUUUGGGCGCGGAGAGGACACCCUUGAAGCUAUCCGUAGAGGCAAAUAAGAAGCGAGAAACGGAUCAUCGACUCAGUCUUGUGGUAAAAGGUUUGCAUCCCUCACAGAACCCAGCAGGAAUCAAGGUUAUGAUGCCAAAAAUUUGGAAACUUGAAGGGCGAAUCACAAGCCGAAUCAAUGAAGAUGGUUCUGUCCAAUUUUUCUUUCAACAUGAACAUCAAAUGCUUACAGUUCUGGACAAGGGACCAUGGACCUAUAAAGAUUGGCUGGUGGUUGUUGACAAAUGGACUCGAAGGAAUCAUCCUGAUUAUCUCCGUGUAAUCCGUUUUUGGAUCAAAAUACUAAAUAUACCUGAUGAUUGCAAGGAAGAUAGAUCGAUUAAGGAGAUUGGGGGUGUUCUGGGUUUAAAUCAUGUGGAGGAAGUCUUCAUACAACAACCAACUGCAGACAAAGCUGGUGAAGUAUGGGUUCGGGUUCCUUUUGACAUCUCAGGAAAGUUAAUCUUUGCACGUUAUUUCACUUUGGAAGAUCAUAGUGAGCCUGUUCUGAUUCGCUAUUUUUAUGAAAAACUUAGAAAGUUUUGCUCUACUUGUGGGAGCCUCACCCAUAUGGCAGCAACUUGCAACACCCACAUUCGGGAAGUGGAACCACUCUCUCUGCCAGCUCCUAUACAGGAGUCCAAUAUGGAACAAAACAGAGAUGCUAGUAUCCAGAUGGAUUCUGAAUCUCACACACCCACACAAGUAGCUGACGAGACCAUGGGUGAAACAGUGGGAUCUAAUAUCAAUAUGGACACAUCAGAGCAUCAUCAACCCACGGGUUCUCAAGGAGAUAUCAUGGAAUUCCUUCAUCCAGCUGAAGUCCAAGUGGGAAUAAAUCAAACCUUUACCAUUCGUGAAUUAGAAUCUGCUUCAAUGACACAACAAGAUAGAGGAAUUAAGCGCAAGAUUGAUGUGGUUGAUGAUGAAGAUGAAGCUUCAACAUCUCGAAGAAGAACAAAGGCACCUGAACAGACAACGGCUGCAGGGGAGGGGCUAAAGAGGAACCCUCUGACAAUUCCUUAUCUAAAAGAUAUCAGGAAGUCUUCUAAACCUGAUAUCUUGUUCCUCAUAGAAACAAAGAACGGCUUUAACUAUGUGAAUAGUCUAGCUACGGUUCUCAGCUAUAAUCAUAGCUAUAUUAUCCCUUCAGACGGCCUUAGUGGAGGAAUGGCUAUUUUUUGGAAUGACAGUGUGCAUAUUGACUUUUUGGAUCCUCCUACUCUAAACUACACGGAUAUGUAUGUAUCAUCUUCUAGUCAUCCUACUUUUUGCCUCACUUAUGUUUAUGGCGAUCCAGAUCCGAAACACAGGAAUGCUAUGUGGGAGAAAAUGAUGGUCUGGGCCCAAGGAGGAAUGUAUCGCAGCAAGCCUCGACUAGUUCUUGGGGAUUUCAAUGAUAUCAAGAGUAAUGCUGAAAAAAUAGGAGGUCCAGUACGGUCUGAGAAUUCUUUCAAAAUAUUCAGGCGAAUGCUCCAAUCCUCUGGUCUUCAUGAUUUGAAAACAGUGGGUGCAAAAUAUACAUGGUAUGGUCAAAGAUACACACAUACUGUCCAAUCAAGAAUUGACAGAGCUGUAGCUUCAGCAGAUUGGUUAGAAGCUUUUCCUCAAGCCUAUGUACAGCUAUUGGAUUGGAUAGGAUCUGAUCAUCGUCCACUGUUGCUUGAUACGGGUGUUAAGAAAAGAAGAAGAGGAUAUGCUUUGUUCAGAUAUGAUAAUCGUUGGCGAUUUAACAAGGAGUUAAAGGAAGAACUGAAAAAAACUUGGACAGCCGAUUGUCAAGAUCUACCUGGGGAUCAAUUUCAUGAAGCACUGAAAAGAUGCAGAUCUUGUAUGUCCCGCUGGAAGUCGCACAAUUUACACAACUCAGCUAAAAGAAUUCAAGAUCUAAAGGAAAAAAUCAAGCAAGCGAUGGAAGAGGAGUAUUGGAGAAUCAAAAGUCGUAUCCAAUGGCUUCAGGCGGGAGACAGAAACACAAGAUUUUUUCAUGAGAAAACAAAGCAAAGAAGAGGAUACAAUAGAAUCACAGCAAUUACAGAUUCUCAAGGCAAGGUUUGCACAUUCAACCUCGUGUAUCUCAGGAAAUGAAUGAUGAUCUGAUAAAACCUGUUACUGAGG